GUCCUUCUCUUUGCUUGACCAUCAGCACGGCUCCACCAUGACGGCUCGCAAAUCAGGAGGUCCAGACCUCGCCUACUAUCAGGCUCCAGAUACCAUCGCUCAGUUUCACCACAUUGCCAAUGAGCUGACGCGAGAUCUCAAGGCGGACCAAGAGGGAUCCAUCAUCUCACCCUCGGGCGAAGAGCUUGCUCUGUUCAUCCAGGGCCUUCAGCAGUUUCAGCAGGAUAUCCUCGGCGCCCACAACGCCCACAAUUUGCCAUCUGCCUCAGCAAGGAUCCCCGCCAAGCUUCUUAGGAGCAAGACCAUCACGACCAGCUCCCCUAUCUACAAAAUCCUUCUAACAGCUUACAGAUAUCGCCAACGACAGGGUUGGCUAGAAUGGGAUCUUUCCAACCCCUUGAAGCAAACCCAAUACCUCUCCAUGAUUGCCCACAUCCGAGAGGCACUCGUUUCCAGCGGAAUGCUCAGGAACCCAGCCAUUGCCUUUGCAGAAUCGGUCAAUGUAGAGGAUCGCGAAGGCCUUACUGCCUCUAUCCAUAAACUUGGAGGAACGCUUGUUUCGGAUCCCCAGACUGCUUCACAUAUUGUGCAUCAUUCUACAGAGGAACAGGAGAGUGCCGAUGGAGAGGAAUGGCUUCGCACGCUCGAGAAGAAAGAUGGAAAAGUACUUGUUCAUUACUGGUAUUAUCCUGACUCGUACGACGGGUGGGUAUCCGAGACGUCAGGCGAUUAUGCGGAGCCUGAGCCGCUACCACAGCACACUGGCGCAUGGACCGUUUCGACUCGCUGGGUCAAGGAUAGUGUCAGAUUUAACGAGUGGAUGAAUGAAGAGGAUUACGGGAGUAGCACGUACCGAUCAGGAUCAGGCUUAGGGUCAUCAGCACAGUCCAGUCAGCGCUAUAGAAGCAAGCGAGACAACUCUGAGAAAAUCGAGUCGCACCCAAAGAGAGUCAAACGCAGCGCUUCAUCUACGCCAAUGGACUCGGACGAGAUUCAACGGUCAAUAGAAAGCGAAGGCGCCGCACCCCCAACAGAAGACGCAUCUAUGAAGGAGGUCUCUGCUUCCGACACUUUGGGGCUGGACAACACUCUGCCAGCCGAUACAGACUUAAUGGAGGUCGAUUCUAAGGAAGCGGACAUGGAAACCAAGGCGGGAGAAUCACCAUUAAAGGGAAUUGAGACCAAGGAGACAAGCGUAGCCGAUAAGGACUCUAACAGGGGAAGCGCUCCACCGGAAAACGAAGAAGCCUUGACACAAGCUGAGGCAGAUCGGUUCAAACUCGAGGAGGAGGCAGGCCGAUAUCUCUCUCGCCAAACACAGGAGGUGAUCAUUCCCUCCUAUGCGGCAUGGUUCUCGCUCGCCAAGAUUCACGAGAUCGAGCACAAGUCCCUGCCAGAGUUUUUCAACCUGAAGAACCGCAGCAAGACCCCGACAGUGUACAAGGAUUAUCGCGACUUUAUGAUCAACACCUAUCGCCUCAACCCCUCUGAGUAUCUUACCGUCACCGCUUGCAGGAGAAACUUGGCUGGAGAUGUCUGCGCCAUCAUUCGCGUUCACUCCUUUUUAGAACAAUGGGGUCUAAUCAACUAUCAGGUUGAUCCCGAAACCCGCCCCUCGACAGUUGGUCCUGCCUUUACAGGUCAUUUUCGCGUUACAGCAGAUACUCCAAGAGGAUUACAGCCUUUCCUUCCAAGUGUGGCAGCCCCCACUGCAGCACAGGCGAAUGGCGAGCUCAAGGCCGUUGGAGACGCCAAGCAGGAAUCUAAUAUGGAGCUCAGACGCAAUGCCUUCAGCAACGGAACAGCACUGGCGGUCAAGGAUGGUGAGGAUAGUCUUGAAAAGAAGCAGCGAUUCAACUGCUUUACAUGUGGCACUGACUGCACCAAGAUCCGUUACCACAGCAUCAAGACCAAGAAUUUCGAACUUUGCCAAAACUGCUACCUUGAAGGACGCUUCCCAUCGACCAUGUCCUCUGGCGAAUUUAUUAGACUUAAUGCUCAACACUUUAAGCACGCAACUGACGACCCAUGGACGGAUCAAGAGACGCUGCUUUUGCUGGAAGGUCUCGAGAUGUUUGAUGAGGAUUGGAGCCAGGUGGCAGACCAUGUCGGAACACGCAGUCGAGAGCAGUGCAUUCUCCAUUUUUUGCAGCUGCCCAUCGAGGAUCCAUAUCUGGGAGGACAAACCCAGCGAGAACUGGGACCACUUCAGUACCAUCGCAUUCCAUUCAGUCAGGCCGACAAUCCAGUAAUGAGUGUCGUGGCAUUCUUGGCUAGUGUUGUAAACCCCAGCGUAGCAGCAGCAGCAGCCAAGAGCGCGCUGAGGGAGCUGGAGCAAGUCAAGAAGGCCGUAGGCGGCGAGGAGGGCACACAAGAUAGAGAACCAGAGACGGUCAAGGAGACCGGUACAGCCGAGAGCAGUGACGAUGCACUUAAGGUUGAAACACAAGGCUCGGACACGAUGGAUCUAGAUAGGACAAACAGCGUGCAGGGUGAUGAGGACACGGAGAUGAGGCAGAACGGAGAGGCAACGGCCGCAAAGGCAGACUUGGAUGUUGCGGAAGUGUCGCGUUCGACCCUGCAAGAGGCAGGGGCUGCUGCUCUCGGAUCGGCUGCUGCGAAGGCCAAGACGCUAGCGGAUAAUGAGGAGCGUGAGGUCAAGAAGCUGGUCACGCAGGUCGUGGAGGCACAGCUGAAGAAGAUGGAACUGAAGCUGCAGCAGUUUGAGGAACUGGAGAGCGUUCUGGAGAUCGAGAAGAGAGAGCUGGAGAGGCAGCGCCAGCAGCUCUAUUUGGAUCGGUUGGCGAUGAAAAAGAGCAUCAUGGCGAUGCAGGAGAAGAUGGUGUCGGCUAGACAGACAGGCAAUCUACAGGCUGUGGCUAGCAUUACAGUGCCUCCAGGCGGUACGGGCGGAACGGGCACUGCCUUCCAGAAUGAGGCAACGGUGCGGCAGCAACAGGAGCAGGGACAGGGAGUAGGGCCGUUGAGCCGAGACCAGAACACAGAUGGCGUUGUUGUGAUGUCCUUGCCUUGAUGAUGGGAUUUCAUUCUCGACCGCCUUUAUAUUUUUUUUGCUCGCGCUUGUGGAGACAUAUAAUCAUUUCAAUAAAGAUUUUUUUCUAAACUAC